AUGGCGGCCAAGGGGGGCCGGGGGACCGAGAACGAGGACGGGGCUGUCCCCGACGCCACCCGCCUGCAGGCCUACGCCUGGUGCCGGGAGUUCCUCGCCGGCUCCUGGAAGCUCAUCAAGGCGGAAGAGUUCGGGAUCGAGCCGGUCAGCGGGGGGCUCAGUAACCUGCUGUACAAGUGCGCGCUGCCCGAGCACAUCCUGAGCGUGGGGGACGAGCCCCGGCAGGUGCUGCUGCGAGUCUACGGGGUCAUCCUGCAGGGCGUGGACUCGCUGGUGCUGGAGAGCGUCAUGUUCGCCAUCCUGGCCGAGCGCGCGCUGGGCCCGCGGCUCUACGGGGUGUUCCCGCAGGGCCGGCUGGAGCAGUACAUCCCGAGCCGGCGGCUGCGCACCGAGGACCUGCGGGACCCCGGCGUGUCCGGGGAGAUCGCGGUGAAGAUGUCCCGGUUCCACGGGAUGGUGAUGCCCUUCAACAAGGAGCCCAAGUGGCUCUUCGGGACCAUGGAAAAGUACCUGAAGGAGAUUUCCGAGCUCUCCUUCACGGAGAAGGCGCAGCUGGAAAAGUUCAACCUGCUCAAGGGUUACAACCUGGAGGAGGAGAUGAGGAGCCUCAGGGACCUUCUGGAAUCCACCCCAUCCCCGGUGGUCUUCUGCCACAACGACGUCCAGGAGGGGAACAUCCUGCUCCUGGCGGGACACGAGGCCUCGCCCUCGGACAAGCUGAUGCUCAUCGACUUCGAGUACAGCAGCUACAACUACAGGGGCUUCGACAUCGGGAACCACUUCUGCGAGUGGGUUUACAACUACACCCACGACCGCUGGCCCUUCUUCAAGGCCUCCCCGGAGAACUACCCCAGCCGCCAGCAGCAGCUGCAUUUCAUCCGGCACUACCUGUCGGAGGACUCGGGGCGCCGCGGGGACACCACGCACGAGGAGCAGGCGCGCAUCGAGGAGGAGAUGCUGACCGAGAUCAACCGGUUCGCUCUGGCCUCCCACUUCUUCUGGGGCCUGUGGUCCAUCCUGCAGGCCAAGAUCUCCACCAUCCAGUUCGGGUACCUGGACUAUGCCCAGAGCCGCUUCCAGGCCUAUUUCCAGCACAAGGCUCAGUGUUCCUGACUGAGAGAGGCCCCCCAGCUCUGCCCGUGCCCCUCUCCGGACCCUCUGCCCCCCCGUGCCCCCCCAGUGCCCCUGGGAAAGCUGGGACAACCAUGUCCCCCCUUCCCACAAGGGCCAUAACAGCUGGGGGGCUGUAAGAGCUGGGGGGCUGUGCCAGUUAUGGGGCUGUGACAGUUUGGGGGGGGCUGUUGAAACGGUUGCAGGGGUCAUUGUGAAACGGUUGGGGGGGCUGUUGUAACGGUUUUGGGGGGGCUGUAACGGUCUGGGGGGGCUGUAACGGUUUGGGGGGGCUGCCACACCACCCCCUACUCCCCAGGACUCCACAGCAGAGCGGGCACAGAGGUGGGUCUGCCAGGCACGUGCCCCCCCAGGAAGGAAAAUCCUGCUCCGGGGGUGGGGGGGCUGGGGGGAGCCCCCAGUUUAAAGUCCCCAUCCGCCCACCAACACCCUGGGUGGGGGGGCCGGGCAGGGGUGCUGAGGGGUCCCAGGGUGCUGCUGGGGGCAGAGGGGUGUGGGGGGGACCCCCUGUUUGUACCUCAUUCCCCCCCCCCACGCCCCCUCCCCAGAGCCCUGAGGCCGGGGGGGGGGCUGCCCCGGCCCCCCCACCCCGACAGCAGAAUGUAAUCUGACCAAUAAACCCUCAGUGGUGCCGGC